AUGUAAAAAAAUUUGGAAUAAUAGUAUUUUGAUGCUUUGGAAAAGAAUCUAUUAUUGGAGAAGAAUAAGGAAGAAUAGGCUAAAUAAUAAUUUAUAAAUGCAGCUAAUCAAAUCAAGAGAUGUUAUAGAUCAUAUAAAAAGAGAGAGAAACUUUAAGUGAAAACCAGAUCCAUAAUUUAAAUUUAACAUUUUUACAGGAGAUGGAUUGCAAAGAAAAGAAAACAUAGACUCAUUCAAAAAUAGAGAUAAAUGAAAAUCAUACGACCUUAUUUUUUAAGAUUAAAAGUAUUUAAACUAAUACCAUCAUUGACUUUAACUAUUCAAUAAAAAUAAACUCUUAAACCUCUUGUUAAUUUCAUUCUUAAUUUUUCCAAAAUUAAAUCUGCCAAAAGAAGAUUCUUUAUACUUUCACUUAUCAAAUUCAAGAAAAUAUAAAAUUAGAAAACUCAAAUAAAUUCUAUGCUCUCUUAAUAUAAAAUCAACUAUUACAAACAACAAAUAGAUUAUCAACAAAAAAAAAUUGCCAUCCUAAAUGAAAUAGAAUUUAUCAACAAUAUACAAUAAUUGAAUAAUAAAUAUUUUGAAAUAGGACUUUAAAAUUAUUAAAAAGAAUUAGAGUAAUUUAUUAAAUCUAAAAGUCACGAAUCAGAUUUUAUUGAAUUAAAAGAUUAAAAGGGAAAUUUAUAUUGGUAAAAUCUCAAGACUUUAAAAAAGUUCAAUGUUAAUCCUAUUGAUCAAUUGAUUCAAAAUAAUUUUGCUAAAGUUGAAGAUGAAUAUGUUAAUAAAUAUUAAGAAUAGGUUGUGUAUUUAGAGGAAGGAAAAGAGGAGCUGUUACAUCUACUAUAAUAAAUCAAACCAGAAAAAAUUCCUUUUCCAACUUUGUCAGAAUGAGUAGUUUUAGAGUAGAGCCU